AAGUAUAUCUAUGGGUAACAACAUUUUGGUUAGGUUCUGAAUAAACACCCAACCCAAGCCUGUCUGUUAUUUUAUGUCCAUCUUUCAAGUGUUUGUUUAUAACAUAUUUUUCCUCCAAUCUACACCAUUUGGUUCGCCGAAGAGCAUAUUAACACAUAAUAACGCAGUGGUUUUAUUACUGUGGGAUGUUUGGCCACUUAGCCACGCCCAUUUCUCCGUUUCACCGCUUGGUCACGCCCCCCAAGCCGACCCCGCAGCCAAUCAGCGUCGCCCAGCCCUCCAAGUCCACAAUACUUUAUUCUAUAGAGACGUAUUGUUAUGCAAACUAGUUCGGCUAAAAUAUCCCCCUGGCAACGCAGAUCUGGGCAGAGAAUCACCGGGACAAUUAGCAGCGGGCAGUUUUUGAGUCACUUCAACCCGUCCAAACGUUAAGAGUCAGCCUUACCAAAUAAACCGGCGGGACGCAAGAGACGCAUUUCCUGAGGUAAAUUACCUCAGACGUCUCUAAACCUAACGGCCCUCGAUGCGCUUAACCGGAGAUACCGCCGUUCACACGCCUCCUUUCGCACAUUAAAUAACUCCAUAUUCUGCCAUAACCUGGUGCUGCUACUGAGAGACACGCACACACACGGAGACUUACACUUUGUGGAUGAUUGAACUUUCUCGCUAGGUCUUUGGAUAUAUAGCCACCGACUGCAUUUACACACCAAGUGUGUCGUUUACUUGUCCUUUUUGGGAUAUAUACGCUCGUCUUAUUUCUAGUCUAACGCGCCUAAGCUGGUUUUAGUCCAGUCUGUAGAGACUGUAAAGGCGGCUGAGAGCAUCAUGAGCCAGGCGGAUAUAUCGACGUGCUCGGCGCCGCAGAGAGUCUUCCAGGAGGCGGUGAAGAAAGGCAACACGAAGGAGCUCCAUUCGCUGCUGCAGAACAUGACCAACUGCGAGUUUAACGUUAAUUCGUUUGGCCCCGAGGGACAGACGGCGCUGCAUCAGUCGGUCAUCGACGGGAACCUGGAGCUCGUGAAACUGCUGGUGAAGUUCGGAGCCGAUAUUCGGCUGGCUAACCGGGAGGGCUGGAGCGCGUUGCACAUCGCCGCUUUCGGAGGACGCCAAGACAUCGUGUUAUACCUCAUCACCAAGGCCAAGUACUCCUCCGGCGCGCAGUGAUCCGGUAGACGCAGAAAGACCGGGCUCGUUUCAUUCUAGCGUUGGAUCUGCCAAGCUCGAGUUCCCUUGUACCUUAAAACCAAAUGAGGGAUGUAGCCUUUUUCUUU